GGUCCCGGCGCGCGGGAUGGUCUAGGCGCCCGCGCCCGCCCGGGGACUGCUUCGUGGCCGGCGGGGGUCUGGUCUGGUCUGCGCGCGGGGCUGUGCGGAGGCCGAGAGAGAAGUUAGUUGAGCCGCGCCGCGCCGCGCCGCGCUUCGGGAGCGGAGCGAGCCGCCUUGCUCCCGGGGAGCCAUGGGCUGCGCCGGCCGCCCGGACCUGCUGCUGUGCGCGCUGGCGCUCUUCGGGGUCUGCCUGCUCCCCGAGGCCCGCGCGCGCGUCUACACCAACCACUGGGCGCUCAAGAUCGCCGGCGGCUUUGCCGAGGCCAACCGCAUCGCCGGCAAGUACGGCUUCGUCAACCUCGGACAGAUUGGGGCUCUGAAGGACUAUUACCACUUCUAUCACAGCAGGACGAUUAAAAGGUCAGUUCUGUCGAGCAGAGGAACCCACAGUUUCAUUUCAAUGGAACCAAAGGUGGAAUGGAUCCAGCAGCAAGUUGUAAAGAAACGAAUUAAGCGAGAUUAUGACUUCAGUCCGAGCCAGUCUACGUACUUCAAUGACCCCAAGUGGCCCAGCAUGUGGUACAUGCACUGCAGUGACAACUCGCAUCCCUGCCAAUCAGACAUGAAUAUUGAAGGAGCUUGGAAGAGAGGCUACACAGGGAAGAACAUUGUGGUUACUAUCCUGGAUGAUGGCAUUGAGAGAACUCACCCGGAUCUGAUCCAAAAUUAUGAUGCUCUGGCAAGUUGUGACGUGAAUGGGAAUGAUUUAGACCCAAUGCCUCGUUAUGAUGCAAGCAACGAGAACAAGCACGGGACCCGCUGUGCUGGAGAAGUGGCAGCCGCAGCAAACAACUCACACUGCACAGUUGGAAUUGCUUUUAAUGCCAAGAUUGGAGGAGUCAGAAUGUUGGAUGGAGAUGUCACUGAUAUGGUUGAAGCGAAAUCAGUGAGCUUCAAUCCCCAGCAUGUGCACAUUUAUAGCGCGAGCUGGGGCCCUGAUGAUGAUGGCAAGACUGUGGAUGGGCCAGCUCCACUCACCCGACAGGCCUUUGAAAAUGGUGUUAGAAUGGGUCGGAGAGGCCUCGGUUCUGUUUUUGUCUGGGCAUCUGGAAAUGGCGGAAGGAGCAAAGACCACUGCUCUUGUGAUGGCUACACCAACAGCAUCUAUACCAUCUCCAUCAGCAGCACAGCUGAAAGUGGGAAGAAGCCCUGGUACCUGGAAGAGUGUUCAUCUACACUGGCCACAACUUACAGCAGCGGAGAGUCCUAUGAUAAGAAAAUAAUCACCACAGACCUGCGACAGCGCUGCACGGACAAUCACACAGGCACAUCAGCCUCAGCACCUAUGGCUGCUGGGAUUAUCGCCCUGGCCUUAGAAGCCAAUCCGUUUCUGACCUGGAGAGACGUGCAGCAUGUUAUUGUCAGGACUUCCCGUGCAGGACAUUUGAACGCUAAUGACUGGAAAACCAAUGCUGCUGGUUUUAAGGUGAGCCACCUCUAUGGAUUUGGACUGAUGGAUGCAGAAGCCAUGGUGAUGGAGGCAGAGAAGUGGACCACUGUUCCCCAGCAGCAUGUGUGUGUGGAGAGCACAGACCGACAAAUCAAAACAAUUCGCCCAAACAGUGCUGUUCGCUCCAUCUACAAAGCUUCUGGCUGCUCCAGUAACCCCAACCGUCAUGUGAACUACUUAGAGCAUGUGGUUGUACGCAUAACCAUCACCCACCCUCGAAGGGGAGAUCUGGCCAUCUACCUGACCUCACCUUCUGGAACCAGGUCCCAGCUUUUGGCCAACAGACUUUUUGAUCAUUCUAUGGAAGGAUUUAAAAACUGGGAGUUUAUGACCAUUCACUGCUGGGGAGAACGAGCUGCAGGUGACUGGGUCCUAGAAGUGUAUGAUACCCCAUCUCAGCUGAGAAACUUCAAGACUCCAGGUAAAUUAAAAGAAUGGUCUUUAGUCCUCUACGGCACCUCUGUGCAGCCAUAUUCACCAACUAAUGAAUUUCCCAAAGUAGAGCGUUUCCGCUACAGCAGAGUAGAAGAUCCCACAGAUGACUAUGGAGUAGAGGAGUAUGCAGGUCUCUGUGACCCCGAGUGCAGUGAGGUGGGCUGUGAUGGACCAGGGCCUGAACACUGCAAUGACUGUCUACACUACUACUACAAGCUAAAGAACAACACCAGGAUUUGUGUCUCCAGCUGUCCCCCUGGCCAUUACCAUGCAGACAAGAAGCGAUGCAGAAAAUGUGCCCCCAACUGUGAGUCCUGCUUUGGAAGUCACAGCGACCAGUGCUUAGCCUGUAAAUACGGACACUUCUUAAAUGAAGAAACUAGCAGCUGUGUUACCCACUGCCCAGAUGGAUACUAUCAGGACACCAAGAAAAAUCUUUGCCGAAAAUGCAGUGAAAACUGCAAGACAUGUACUGAGUUUCAUGACUGUACAGAAUGUAGAGAUGGGCUAAGUCUGCAGGGAUCCCGCUGCCACAUCACCUGUGAGGAUGGAUGGUUUUUCAAUGGACAGGACUGUCAACCCUGCCACCGUUUCUGUGCUACUUGUGCCGGGGCAGGCACCAGUGGGUGCAUUAACUGCACAGAUGGUUACUUCAUGGAGGAGGGGAGGUGUGUACAGAGCUGCAGUAUCAACUCUUACUUUGAUCACACUUCAGAGAAUGGAUAUAAAACCUGCAAAAAGUGUGACACCAGCUGUUUGACAUGCAAUGGUCCAGGGUUUAAGAAUUGUACAAGCUGCCCCAAUGGGUAUCUCUUAGACCUAGGAAUGUGUCAGAUGGGAGCCAUCUGCAAGGAUGCAACGGAAGAGUCCUGGGCAGAAGGUGGCUUCUGUAUGCUUGUGAAAAAGAACAAUCUGUGUCAACGGAAGGUUCUUCAACAACUUUGCUGCAAAACAUGUACAUUCCAAGGCUGAGCUGCCAUCCUAGAUUUCUUUGUUCCAGUAGACUUAUAGAUAACUCCAUAUUAUUAUUAUUAAAAAGAAAAAAAACAAGCAAAAAAAAAAGCAAGCCACCUCUCUCUUUCUUGCUCUCUAUUUCUCUCUUAAAUUUGUGCAGGGAGAGGGUGAACUGUUUUGUCAGGACUUAAAUGGAAAAAAUAAAUAAAUCUACAACAAGCCUACCUUUUAUAACUGGGUGUUUAGUGCUAAACAGCCAGAAACACAGAGACAGUAUUGUAUGACCAAAGCAUUUGAUGCCAAAAUUUGAUGUUAAAGUAAUUGAUUUGAUUUCCUGCCCUGGUUUUGAAGGUCCUUUUUCUUUUUUGCAUUGACUUGCUUGUUUCCCCUUUGAGACACCUCAAAUACCAUUCUAAAAUAUCACAAGAGCAGACAUAGAUCAAAAUGAAAUAGGAAGCUCUUGCUUCACUGAUUUUGUUCAUGCUUGAAUCUGCUGUGGGGAAGUGGCAAAAAAAAAAAAUACCUGGGCCUCAGGGCAUUCAGAACAUCCCACAGAAUUGUGUUCAGUGUUGUUUGUCUUAGUUUUUCACAGUUGAACAUUGAUCCUUUCUACACAUAAUUUACUCCAUGCAUUAUUUGCUGGUUUGGCCAUUAUGCUCCCUUGAUAAAUUGACUCCAUGGGGUUUCAUCAGAUACAUUUGCUGCUAAUUACUGGCUUUUCCAUUGUAGAAUUGGUUGAUUUUGCAUACUGCUCGCCAAAUGGGAUUGCUCUGCACAGUCAGAUUAGUUAUGAACAGAGUGUAAAGUUACACACUAUAUCAGGAACUAACCCAGCUCCCACAAAAUCCAGAGUGUUCAUUUCAUAGGCCCUGCACAAUGUCUUGGUGCUAUCUAACCACUUAUCCCUAUAGCAUUUUUCAAAGGCCGUCAGCAAUUCCAUUUGUCGUGGUGGGAAGCAUUUCAAAUAUGAUACAGGAAAUUUUUUUCCUAGAGUCAAAAGUUUCUAAAACAUCCUAUAUUUUUUAAGAAGUGAAAGUUAUUUAAAUAUUAUUUAAGCUUGUGUCCUAAAGGCCAGGCAACAUUUUUUUCAAUGGUGCUUCUUAGUAAAUUUUUCAUCUUGUCAUUUCAAGAAAAUAAAAACUGGAAAUGGAAUAUGAGUGGCAUGUGUACCCUCCUGAUUCUGUUACCUUUUCUCUGUUUCUCUCUUACUAUGCUAUGAUAUUCCUAUCUGCGGGUGUCAUUAUGAUCAUUUGUUUCCUGGAAGUCUCUUCACUGUUUUUCUGUGACUCCUUAAACACAUCUUGGAACAAGUAGACUGAAUUAUGCCAAAACUGGUUUGGAGUGAGUGGUCAGAAGUGAGGAAGCCUGAGAAUCUUUCUUUGCAGAUUUUGAGUUUUUCAUGCAGGAUCUAAUAAAUAUUUUAAGUUACUUAAUGUUUUAUAUCAAAGUUCCACUGGUGACCUCAUAUGCUUUGGAGGCUCAAGCCUUCCUACAUGCUGCUUCUGAGUGCCCCAUUUCAAGAUAUCACUGGCUUCCAAACUGAGAAGAAUGGCAAUCCAAAUUAUUCUGGAAAGAGCUGGGGAGUGGAUGCUAAGACCCUUGCCCAAUCAUCAAGGUAGUAAAAGAUUCCAUUCCGUUAUUCAUUCCUAGAUAUCAAAGUUUUUUAGUCCAGCGUGAAGAUAAUAGUCUUAUGGCCCUCAUAACAGUAUUGUGGUGUUAUAUACUGAGUCAUAUAUGGAUUGAUUCAUAAGUAACUAGGGAAUCAACUGAUUGCUGAGCAAUUUCCCUCUUCAUAACUGCAGAAAGAACCUUCUGACACAAAGAAAGCAAGUUUAUUCUGGGCACAGUUUGUAAAUCUUAUAAUAAAGGCAAGGUCUUUGAGCAAAUGUGAGCACAAGCCAAAAGCAAAAUCAAGAUAUGGUGAAACCAGAUUUGCCUGCAAAUGAAUUCACUUUACAGAACCAGCCCAUAGAAUUUGAGGUACAAAGUUUCUAUGAAAAAUUGAAAUGAUGUCUGUGUCCUUGGGCUGAUUCCCUUCAAAAUGUCAGCCAAGUUCCUUGGGGACCACCAAUGUGUGUUCAUUUCGCACUGACCAUAUAGAUGCACUUCGUGGAAAUACUGAUUUAAUGACUAGUGUGUUACUGCCUCGUUUAUCAACAGAAUAUUAUUAACUAGAACAUAAUGCUUUCAAAGUUUAAGUUAAUGUUAUAUAUUAUGUAUAAAUAUAUAUUCAUAAUGAGCUAUGUAAUGAAUAGUACAGUUCGGAGACUUAACAAACCUUCUAGAUCAAAAGUCCUAUCUUCUAUUUUCUCUUUUCUUUUUUACCUUUAAUUAGUGAUUCAUUGUUAAAUCCAAAUCCACUUUUACUGAAAAAUACUGUACAUGUGUAAAAUGUUCAGUUGUUUUUUUGUAAAAUAUAGUAUAAUGGUUGUAAUUGAUACUCGCCCAAAACAAUGUUAUUCCAUAUUUUAUUUUUUCUAUUAAAUUAACCUACGUUCCUGUU